AUGUAAAUUAAGAAAAGAAAGGAAAAAAGGGGAAAAAUGAAAAAUGAAGGCCAGCGUUCUUGCAAAUUGUGCUCGAAUUUUGCUUAUGCCUUCAAAUUACGCCAUGGAAGCUCCAACUGACCUCUCUGAAAAACCCUAGCAGAACCUGACCGGAAAUCGAUCUUCCAUGUCCAGACCUCCGUAAUUCUAGUGCUUGGAAAGAUUUGGACGUUUUUAGCCAAUGGAUUCUCCUAUCCCCUUCCAAGACCUUAAUCUUCUCCCUGACCCAUCAUCCACUGCUGUAAUGACCGCCGCAACUUCCCCUAAAACAGCCACUGGAAUCAACUCUUCUUUCAACAAAUUUGUUGACACCGGCAAGUUGUUGACCCCUAAACUUGAACCUAAGCUCGAGCCCUUCGACGAUCUUUUCGAGACUCGGGAGUCUCAACAACCCCAAUCAGUUCAGCAACCCUUCUUGUCCACCCCUUCUUCUAACUUCUUCUCUAACACUGACUUCUCUCAAACCCCUUUUUCAGACCAAAAUCAUACACCGCUUUCUCAGUCUUCAUCCAUUUCCUCUGACAAAGACAAUGUUUACUCCGAAUUUUACCGCAUUUCUCAGCUGUUCAGGUCUGCUUUUGGUAAAGGACUUCAGAGCUACGGCGAUGCCGAUGUUGAAGUUGUGGAUCCUGAUGCUCAAGCAAUUGUCCCUGUUCCGGAGGAGAAUCAGAUUUCUACUGUGGUCGUCUCUAAGAGGAGGUAUGAUAAAAGGUCUUCGGAACUCGUCAGAGUCACUGAUCUUGGGGUUGAGGACCAGAGGUACUUCCGAGAUGUGGUGAGACGGACCAGGAUGAUUUUCGAUUCGCUGCGUGUCUUAUCUACGGCGGAGGAGGAGAAGAGUCCUGGACUAAUGCGGCGACUUCGGGGUGAUUUGAGGGCUUCCUCCUUGAUGAGAGAGCGUGGACUGUGGUUGAAUCGAGACAAACGGAUUGUUGGUUCGAUACCAGGGGUGCACAUUGGCGAUCUAUUCUUCUUUAGGAUGGAAUUGUGUGUUGUGGGAUUGCAUGGUCAGGCUCAAGCUGGAAUCGACUAUGUUCCUGCGAGUCAGAGCUCCAAUGGCGAGCCAAUUGCCACUAGUAUAAUUGUUUCUGGUGGAUACGAGGACGAUGAGGAUGCCGGGGACAUGAUAAUCUACACGGGUCAUGGUGGGCAAGACAAAUUUUCAAAACAAUGUAUGCACCAGAAACUUGAAGGUGGGAAUCUUGCACUGGAGAGAAGUAUGCACUACGGGAUUGAAGUGAGGGUUAUUCGAGGUAUGAAGUACGCAGGCAGUGUAGCAAGUAAGAUUUAUGUAUACGAUGGUCUGUAUAGAAUUCUUGACUGUUGGUUUGAUGUGGGGAAAUCGGGUUUUGGUGUCUACAAGUAUAAGCUUUUAAGAAUUGAUGGUCAAGCCGAAAUGGGUAGCUCCAUUUUGAAGUUUGCGGAGAACCUUAGGACCAAACCAUUGUCUUUGAGGCCUUCUGGUUAUCUCAGUCUCGACAUUUCAAUGAAGAAGGAGGCAGUUCCAGUUCUUCUGUUUAAUGAUAUUGACAAUGAUCAAGAACCAUUGUAUUAUGAGUAUCUUGUUAGGACUGUGUUCCCACCUUUCGCCUUUCACCAAUCAGGAAGUGGUACUGGGUGUAGUUGUGUUACAAGUUGCGUUCAUGAUUGUUUUUGUGCUAUGAAAAAUGGUGGGGAGUUUGGUUAUGAUCAAAAUGGAUUUCUAGUUAGAGGGAAGCCUAUAAUUUUCGAAUGUGGACCAUUCUGUCAGUGCCCCCCUCAAUGUCGAAAUCGUGUUUCACAGAAGGGCUUGAAGCACAGACUUGAAGUGUUUAGGUCCAGGGAAACAGGUUGGGGUGUUAGAUCUUUGGACUUGAUACACGCUGGUGCUUUCAUAUGUGAAUAUGCAGGAGUUGUCCUCACGAGGGAACAAGCUCAAGUUUUUUCCAUGAAUGGUGAUACAUUAAUAUAUCCAAAUCGUUUUUCAGAUAGAUGGGCAGAAUGGGGCGAUCUAUCUCAAAUAUAUUCUAAUUAUGUGCGGCCAUCUUACCCUUCUGUUCCUCCUCUCGAUUUUGCAAUGGAUGUAUCCAGAAUGAGGAAUGUUGCUUGUUAUAUAAGCCAUAGUACAUCUCCAAACGUGUUGGUGCAGUUCGUGUUAUAUGAUCAUAAUAAUUUAAUGUUUCCUCACCUUAUGUUGUUUGCAAUGGAAAAUAUCCCUCCUCUGAGGGAGCUUAGCAUUGACUAUGGUGUGGCUGAUGAUUGGUCAGGGAAACUUGCUAUCUGUAACUAACUUGGAAAAGGUUAUUAGUUUUGAGUAUGAGCAGUUCCGAAUGCUGAGAUCAAUGAACCAAGAUGAGAGUUGGAAUAUUGUGUCUUAGGAAAUUUUUUGAAGUCACGGUCUAGGACUUUCCUAGCUGUUGGCCGUUGCGUCACCCUUUUUCUGGAGAGGAGUAGAUCGCAAACAUGUGUCAGCUUCCAUAUCAAGUAAUCCAUAACCUUUUUUUUGACUUAAAUACUGUAUUGUCGUUGUUGUAUUCAAUGUUGUUGGCUCAGACAUUAAGAAAAAAGCACUGCCAAGUUUUUUCAAUGGAUGAAGAAGAGAAAAAAGAGAGUGAUUUCUGCAACCGAACAUAGACCAUGGCAGUGCAUUAAUACUCUACAGAUUUUGGGCUUUUGGAUCAAGCCUUUAGAUACAGAAUUUUCACGGGGAAACUUGAGGCGAAAAAAACCGUUUCCCAAGCUCAUUGUUGGGUGAUCCUGUCUGGGUCUGGCUAUUGUUUUGUUAGAAGGAAGCUGGGUUCAUCUGUAAUCAUGGUGUUUACGAGCAUCAUCAACACUCUAUAAAAGGUAUGCAUUAAUAAGUGUAAGAAGGUUCAUAAUGUUGAGUCUAAUUUAAUAACAAUAUGAUGAUUUUUCUGGAGCUGAUGGUUAUCAGUUUGGCCCUUCAAUGCAUGCAUUUAGUCUAAUUAGUGGGCUCUGUCUGUCUGUUUGUGAAUGAGAUGGAUAUUACUAGAUUUUGAUGUUUGAAAUUUUAAAUUUCUUUGACAUGGUGGGUAUCUGAAUUUCCUUUCAAAUCAAAUGCUUGGGUUUUUUGUUUGGGUACUUUCUUCCUACCUUUUUUCAGUUCAACAAAUAUGUGGUGGGAGAUUGACCCUUCAACCUCAAAGAAGGUGAUACUUGUUUCAUCCACUGUGCUAUGGGCUAUUUUGGGAUGGAUUGAUAGUUUUUGUUUUUAUUUUUUUAAAUUUGUCAUAGAUAGUACCUUUACGGCUAAUAAUUAAGUGUACAACAACAUUCAUAAUGUAGACUCCUAUUAUGAUGUUGGUUGUAGUCUAUUUAUAUCUCGUUGGUAGACUCCUACUUGUUAAUGCAAAUACAUUAAAGUCUAUUUAUAUAGAUGGUAGACCCCUAUUUGUUAA